AUGUUUACGUUCAACAAUAAAGCAGUGACCGUUGUCCCGACUUGCGCUCGCCUAAUAUCACAAUUUAAAAUACCGCGAUCUGAUUGCGUACCGUAUGUGCCCCCGCGCAAAGUCUUCGAUCCUAAAGCAUGCGCCCUGCGCGAUAAAGGGCUCGUAUUGGGAGUCUAUUAUAACGAAAAUGUUACCGGUGAACCAGCUAUCCUCACGGCGACAGCACAAAGGUAUGAUAAAAAAGUUGAUGGAAAACUAUGGAAACUCUUAAAGUUAAGUCCCAUUCCCAAACUCGGAGAGUGUCGAGUUUUCUAUGAUGUCGACCCUAAUUACGGAUAUGUUGCGGUUGCCGGUCUCGGCACCGAAUGUCUCAACUUCAACUGCAUAGAACAACUCGACGAGAGCAAGGAAGCGAUACGUGUGGCGGCCGGUGUCGGAGCAAAAGCACUGCAUAAAUUAAACCCCAGUAGUAUACAUUUAGAAUCAUUCGGAGACGCCGAGGCUUCCGCUGAAGGAGCCGCCCUGGCUAUAUGGCAAUUCAGAGAAUAUAAAACGCCCGUCUUAAAGAAACAACCCAACGUUACCACAAUCGAACUGUACGAAGAUUGCGACGUGCAAGGUUGGAAAAUAGGAAAGUUGAAAGCGGAAUCACAGAAUUUAGCACGAUAUCUCCAAGAGAUGCCGGCUAAUUUACUCAAUCCCACGUCGUUCGCAAAAAUAGCGGUGGAGUUGUUGUGCGAAAUGGACAUCAACGUGGAAGUCAUGACGCAGGGUUGGGCCGCGAGUCACGAAAUGGGCGGUUUCGUUGCCAUCGGAAAAUCAUCAGUUCAACCGCCUUUGUACGUAGAGAUCAGUUACUAUGGCACAAAAGAAUGCACCAGGCCGAUCGUUCUUAUAGGAAAAGGUGUCACUUUUGACAGUGGUAGCUUAGCCUUAAAACCUCCUGAGGAACUGAGGUACAUGCGCGGAGAUAUGGCGGGAGCUGCUUGCGUACUGGCUAUAACACGGGCGGCGGCAAGGCUGAAGUUGCCCGUCAACAUCCGAGGUAUACUUCCUUUGUGCGAGGUGAUGCCCAACGGCAGCAGUCCGAAGUUCGGCGACGUGGUCUCCAGCACAAACGGCAAGUCAAUACACGUUAGGUUGCCUUCGAAAGAAGGCAGGCUGCUCAUUGCAGACAGUUUAGUCUAUGCGCGUAACUACUGGCCAAAAUUCAUCAUCGACAUCGGGACCAUGUCUAAAGAGUUGGUGGAUACAUUAGGAGGUGCAGCAUGCGGUGGCUAUUCGAAUUCCGAGGAGCUGUUUUGCUACGCGCAGUCUGCUAGCGGACAAACCGGUGACCGUAUAUGGCGCAUGCCUUUGUGGAAAUUUUAUGAGGACCGAGUGAGAGACUGCCAAACUGCCGACGUUGCGAAUACUGCUCGGCACGAAUACGGAGAUUCGCCGAACUGUGCGGCAUUCCUGAAGCAGUUCAUUUGCGAUAGUGAUUGGCUCCACCUUGACACUUACAACGUAGCGUAUACCAAAGGUUGUGAUUUCCCGUAUCUGCAAAGAGGUAUGACCGGUCGGCCGACGCGCACAGUCAUCGAACUCCUGUACCAAAUGCUCGCCGAUUCAAAGCUGUAA